GAAAAACAUGGCUGCGGCCGCCUUAGGGAACCUUUGCAGGAAGGUCUCUAGCGCUCUGAAGGCUUCCAAGCCCUUGAUGAGUGUUCAGAGCCCCGCCGGCACUGGUUUUAGGUUUUGUCUUAGUCUCUUGACAAAGAAUACAAGUGCCGCAUCUUUUCCCCAGUGUCGAUUACUUCAUACCACAUUGCCACGGAAAGGACUGGAGGAAUUUUUUGAUGAUCCAAAGAAUUGGGGGGAAGAAAAAGUGAAAUCUGGUGCUGCUUGGACUUGUGCGCAGUUGCGGAACAAAAGUAAUGAAGAUUUACAUAAGCUUUGGUAUGUUCUGCUGAAGGAGAGAAACAUGCUCCUCACCCUGGAGCAGGAGGCCAAGCGGCAAAGAGUGCCCAUGCCCAGUCCCGAGCGGCUCGACAAGGUCAUAGAAUCCAUGGAAGCAUUAGAUAAAGUUGUCAAGGAAAGAGAAGAUGCCAUAAGACUUCUUCAGACAGGUCAAGAAAAUGCUAGACCUGGUGCUUGGAGGAGAGACAUCUUUGGACGAGUUAUCUGGCACAAGUUUAAGCAAUGGCCUAUACCUUGGUACCUAAAUAAAAAAUAUAAAAGGAAACGAUUCUUUGCAUUGCCCUAUGUGGAUCGUUUUCUCAGACUGAAACUUGAGAAACAAAUGCGCACCAGAGCAAGGAAGACAAGUUUAGAGAAAAAGAAUCAAAAGUUUCUUCAGGAAAAGUUUCCUCUAUCUGGAGCCCAGAAGUCAAGUGCUGUCUAAGAUGUCUGGACUCUUAAUUUACCACUGUUUUUCUCGAAUAAUAGUUGAUUUACAAAAGCAAGUAUGUUUAUAAGCUUAUAAAGAAACUUUUUAGUUAAAUGAGAAUUGUCAAUUCUUUUGAGCAUUGAUACAGCAUAUUAACUCUAGAAGUGGUUGUUACUUCUACCAGACUUGGAG